CAACAGAGUGACACCAGCACCUCACUCUCCAGUUCACCAAGGCCUCUGACACAGCCAUGGUGAUGUUGUCUCUCCUGGUGGUGGUGGCUGUGGUGUCUCCAGCCUUGGCCAUCCCCCUGCCUGAGGAGCCUCCCCGCUACCGGUGCCCCGAUGGCUAUGACCUGUUGGAAGAGACCUGCUUCCGUGUGAUUAACGAAUCCAGGACGUGGUUUGAAGGCCAGGACGCCUGUAAUGCAGAGGGAGCAACACUGGCCACCAUCUCAAGUGACUUACAGCAGAAUGCUCUCUCUGAAAUGCUCACUGACAGUGUCUGGAUUGGCUUCAAUGACCUGAAGGAAGACCACACCUAUGGCUGGGCUGACGGCAGUGAUAACAACUACACCAGGUGGGCUGAAGGUGAACCCAACAAUUCUGGAAACUUUCUCUGGAUAUUUGGGGAGCGGGAGGACUGUGUGGAGAUGCGUAAAAAUAAAGGCUACCUAUGGAAUGAUGAGCACUGUAACCAUACCAGAGGAUUCAUGUGCAGCAUUCCAGCAGAGCUUAUCACUACCACCACAACCACAACCACCACCACCACUACCCCUGCCCCUGAGUGUGAGGAAGACUGGACAAUGUUUGAGAUGUCCUGCUACCAAGUGAGUGAAGAUAAGGCAACCUGGGAGGAUGCCAAAAGCCAGUGUGAAAACAACGGUGCCUCCCUUGCCUCCAUCACCAGCGAAGAUGAGCAGAACUUUGUGGCGGGAAUGCUUGAGAAGAGUACUUGGAUUGGCCUCAAUGACCUGGAGGAGUCUGGAAACUACACCUGGGAUGACUGUACUGAAUUCAGCUACAGCAAUUGGGAAGAGAAUGAACCCAACAACUUCUAUUCCAUUGGUGGCUUACUAACUUCGAGUGAGGACUGUGUGGAGAUGAGGGAGGAGUAUGACUUUAAGUGGAAUGACAAGAGGUGCAGUGCAAGGAAUGCGUACAUCUGUGAGAAGCCACCCCAGUAAGGCUCUGAUCCCUGCCUGUCUUUGCUAUGCUGGAGUAACGCCCUCAACCUUCUUGGACCUUGCACCUCUCAGCCACCAGCAACUAUACUCCCAUCUUCUUCACUGCACCUUCAACAACUAAGAGGAUAUACUAUGCUAGAGUAACACCCAUGACCUCUUUGGCUCUUGCAUCUCUCAGCCAUCACUCCAUUGGUAACAAUACCUACAGCCUCUUCACUGCAACUUUAACAGAAUACACUAUGCUUCUCCCAGGCUUCACUGAUGAGACUUUUCAAACAUCACUGAGUUAGAUGCAUAAGUGUAAUCUCUGCAUCUUAUAGCUUCUAGUAGUACCUUGCAUGCAUUAAUGAUGGAAUAUUUCUUCUUCCUUUGAGAAAAUUCAAUGCAGGAAGUCAGGUGGCAAAAGUUUUCCUAAACAUUCAUGUGAUUUCAUUCUCUCUGGCAGUAAGCAUGACCUCAAGACAAAGUUGGUCAUCUAGAUAUAUAAAAUCCUUAGUCUGUGGCUUGAGAACUAUUGCCAGUGAUUAGGAUUUUGUUCUGCAAAUAAAAAGAUAAAGAAAAGUA